GCCACGGCCGCCGUCGCUCUCCGGCCCUUCAAUCUUCUUCCUCGCUCCAUCUUCAGGGAUAUGGUAUUUUUGUUGGCAUUUCGUUCUCAAUCGUGGGGCAUAUAUUAUAGUCACUGAUCCAUCAAAAUUUCCUAUCUCUAUGCUGCAACUAGAGGGAUAAAACAUGUUAUAGGUUCUUGCUUACCAUUGUGUAUGUCAUCUUCCUCUCCUGAAUACAUCCUCAGAGGUCUUUCUAUAUAUAAGCUCCUGACAUUCUUACCUAAACAAUGGAAAAAUGUACAUGUGAGCAAUGGUAGAGAAUUUAUGAUUAAUUCUAUCUUUGAUUCCCUUAAAAGCUUUGCCUCUCAUGGUCAAUUGUCCAAAGCAUUUGAAGCCUUCUCCCUCGUUCAAUUGCGCCGUAGUUAUAAUGAUUCAUUUGACCUCAUCGUGCAAUCCAUCUCCAUUCUUCUUGUAUCAUGCACCACUUGUAGCUCACUCCCGUCAGGUAAGCAACUUCAUGGUUGCAUUAUCUCGUCGGGUCUUGAGGAAGACUCCAUUUUGGUCCCCAAGCUUGUCACAUUCUACUCGAGCUUUAAACUUCUGGCCGAGGCUCAUACCCUUGUCGAGAAUUCUAAUUUAUUUCACCCCUGUCCUUGGAAUCUACUCAUCACAUCAUACGUCAGAAAUGAACUUCAUGAGUCAGCCAUUUUAGCUUAUAAGCAGAUGUUGAGUAAAGGGGUCAGACCAGAUAAUUUCACUUUUCCCUCCAUUUUGAAGGCUUGUGGUGAAACACAAAAUCUGGGAUUUGGUUUAGAAGUUCACAAGUGUAUUAAUUCUUGGUCAAAUCAAUGGAGUUUGUUUGUUCAGAAUGCUCUGAUAUCUAUGUAUGGAAGAUGUGGCGAGCUGGACACUGCACGUAACUUGUUCGACAAUAUGCUUGACCGGGAUGCAGUAUCGUGGAAUUCCAUGAUCUCUUGUUAUGCCUCCAAGGGUAUGUGGAAGGAGGCAUUUGAACUAUUUGACAUCAUGCAGAGCAAGUGUCUUGAAAUUAACAUUGUAACUUGGAAUAUUAUAGCUGGAGGUUGCUUGCGCCUUGGUAAGUUUACUCAAGCUCUUAAGUUACUGUCUCAAAUGAGAAAUUUUGGUAUUCAUUUGGACGAUGUAGCAAUGAUAAUAGGUUUAGGUGCUUGUUCCCACAUUGGUGCCAUUAGAUUAGGAAAGGAAAUUCAUGGCUUUACUAUCAGACAUUGUUAUCAUAAGUCAUCCACUGUUCAAAACGCUUUACUUACCAUGUAUGCUCGUUGUAAAGACAUCACACGUGCAUAUAUUUUGUUUCGAUUAAAUGAUGACAAAAGUAUAAUCACGUGGAAUUCCAUGCUUUCUGGCCUCUCACAUGUCGACCGGGUUGAGGAUGCCCUGCGUCUGUUUAGAGAAUUGUUACUAUUUGGUGUAGAACCGAACUAUGUGACAUGUGCUAGCAUUCUUCCUCUUUGUGCUCGAGUUGCAGAUUUACAACAUGGGAGAGAAUUUCACUGUUACAUUACUAAACGCCAAGAUUUUCGAGAUUAUUUGUUAUUGUGGAAUGCUUUGGUUGACAUGUAUGCAAGGUCGGGCAAGGUUAUAGAAGCUAAAAGAGUUUUCGAUUCAUUAAGCAAGAAGGACGAAGUGACAUAUACUUCCCUGAUUGCAGGCUAUGGCAUGCAAGGAGAGGGGAGGAAAGCGCUAAGGCUGUUCGAAGAAAUGAAAAGUGUCGAUAUCAAACCAGAUCAUAUAACUAUGGUUGCUGUCCUAUCAGCAUGUAGUCACUCUGGUCUUGUGAAACAGGGUGAAGUUUUAUUUGCAGAGAUGCAAAGUGUGCAUGGGCUAAGCCCUCGUUUGGAACAUUAUGCUUGUAUGGCAGACCUUUUUGGGAGGGUUGGUCUGUUGGACAGAGCAAAGGAGAUUAUCACGAGAAUGCCUUGUAGACCGACGUCUGCUAUGUGGGCGACUCUUAUUGGAGCAUGUUGCAUCCAUCGAAAUACGGAUAUCGGGGAAUGGGCUGCAGAGAAACUUCUGGAAAUGAAGCCUGAACAUUCUGGUUACUAUGUCUUGAUUGCUAACAUGUAUGCUGCUGCAGGUUCUUGGAGUAAGUUGGCAAAAAUAAGGACUCUCAUGAGAGAUUAUGGUGUGGCCAAAGCUCCUGGUUGUUCUUGGGUCGAAGUUGGCUCGGAAUUCGUCUCGUUCUUGGUUGGGGACACUUCUAAUCCUCAAGCCCUUGAAUCUAAACACUUGUUAGACAGUUUGAACGAUGUAAUGAAACACGGUACUCUAGUGAUGACAGAUGAUUACGAUAUCGGUGAUGACAUUUUUUGAGGAAUAUCAAAUGGAUAUUUCAAAUUAUACUGUUUAACAAAGUUUGUUAAGUUGCAUUUGGAUUCUUACUUUUCCUUUCCGAUGAAGCUCGGUUUAGACGUUUAGUUUGGUUCUCGUCUUAUGAGGCCGAUCGGGAUGCCAGCUGACCAGGCUAGCAGCGAGUUGAGCAUGGACUUGCUUCUGCAGAACAGGAUAGAAGCUGGCAUCACCAAAUUGGGUGCUCGUGGGUUGGACCAGGGCGAGUUAGGACAUCUUUUUAGACCCAAUCCAAUUGUUCGGGUUGUAAAUCUUUUAACCCAGUUCAAUCCAACCAUAAUUUUUUUGAGUUA